UUUCUAUUAGGGCUGCCUUUCUUUCUGUAACACCUGCUAGGAAAAAAAAAACAAUGGAUCGUCAAUGUCAUACCAGUAGUAAUUUUCCAGUUCCGCACAAAAAGAUCUGUGUAGAUAUCAAGGGAAUUCAGACGGAUAUAAUAAUAUCCAGCUAUGAGGAUCAUAUUCUAGUGAUGGCGACUCAGAUUGGAGCUAUGGGAACGAUGCUGAAUGCCAGGAAAGAGGAAGGAAUGGCCAUUCAUCCAACUUUCAGUGUGUCAGUAAUUUUCGGUAAACGAGAUGAGCCAAUGCUAGUGGCGUGUAUACGUCAGCUGAUUGAACAGAUAAGUAGCUCUGGGUCUCCCAAGACAUUACUGCUGUCUCUCGGUCUCAAAGACCACUCACUGGAUACAUUGAAAACCAUAGUUUCCUCUGUAAUUGAGAAUCGCCUCUGGUUAGGGCUGAACAUGGUUUCGGUUUUCCGCUGGAACCGGACCAAACCAGACCAAUUAGAAAGAAACCAAGCCGAACCAUUUCCUAAUGGAUUGGUUACGGUGUAGAAAGUGAAAAACCGAUAGUGUUGGUUUUGGUUUGGUUUGACCUCUAAAACCGAACCAAAAACCAUUGGAAAACCGAUUAAUUAUUAAACUU